GCGUUGUGUAUUAGGCUUCGACGCCUUGCCUACCCAAACAGGUGGUGUGAUGUUGAAACUAUAUUCGGCAGGCAUUCAUCAGUGAUGUCGAGUGUGGCGUCAGAAGUUAUUUUCUACAUCGUAAGCGAGUUUCAUCAUCUGUUUGAAGACUGCAACAACCAUGACUGGCUGUGUCCUGCCACCCUUGGAGAGUUUGCAAAUGCCACCCGGAACCGUGGUGCAGCGCUGACAAACUGCUGGGCAUUUAUCGACGACACGGCACGCCCCAUAUGCCGACCCAAAAGGAACCAAUGCGAUUAUUUUUCUGGCCAUAAGCGGAUGCACAUGCUCAAGUACCAGUCGGUGAUGUGUCCCAAUGGCAUUGUGUGCCAACUUGACGGCCCUUAUACUGGAAGGCGGCAUGAUGCAGGGAUACUCCAGAGCAGUGGCCUCUAUGCGAAACUGGAAAAGUUGGUGGGGCCCCACCAGUUCGUCAUAUACGGCGAUCCUGCAUACCCACUGAAGCCACUUUUAAUGAAGCCCUAUGGCGGCUCUUCGCUGACGACAACGCAGUUGGCAUUGAACACUAGCAUGAGUCAUGUUCGCCAGGCUGUUGAAUGGGGAUUUGGGAAGGUGAUCAAUGAAUUUGCGUUUCUGGAUUUAAAAAAAAAUCAGAAAUUGCUGCGACAAGAAGUCGCUCACAUGUACAAAGCAGCGACUAUUCUGACCAACUAUCACACGUGUUUUUACGGCAGCCAGGUGUCUCAGUACUUUGAACUACAUCCACCCAGUUUAAAUGAGUACCUGAGGCCACAUCACUGAAGUACUGUCUGAAAUAUAAGGCAUUGUGCUUUCCAGAUUGCCUUGACCCUUGUAGAAGUGAUUGUUCGUAAGAAAUUGCUCCGA